GUUGGCGGGACCUUGGCGUCGCACGCACACUAGCACGACUCCGCCAGCGAUUUCACUGGCCGGACAUCAUCAGCGACGUCAAUCGGUACAUUCAAUCAUGUGCAGUUUGCCACAGGAACAAAGGGCGGCAUCAGCUCCCGUACAGCGAACUGAAACCAUUGUCGGUUCCUCAGGAACAGGAUCUCUCCAUUGCUAUGGAUGUGACUUGUCCUUUCCCUCACGAUCGCCUUGGCCAUGAUGGUAUUCUCACGGUCGUCGACCGUUUGAGCAAGUACGCUCGAUUUCUUCCAUGCAAGUAUCAUGUGACGGCUCCCGAGCUCGUGCGACUUCUGCAUACCGGCUGGUUUUGCAGCCACGGCGUUCCGGAAGACAUCGUCAGCGACCACGACACUCGUUUCAUGUCAGCCUUUUGGACAGCACUCAUGGUGGAAUCCGGCACCAGCAUAAAACCAAGUUCCGCACGGCAUCCUCAAACGGAUGGGCAAACGGAACGUGCGCACCAGACUGCGCAUAUGAUGCUCCGCACACUCAUCCUCCCGGACCAUCAGGAUUGGGUUGACCGCCUUCCCGACAUCGAGUUCGCCUACAACACUUCGGUGCACCCGGCGAUUGGCAUGACUCCAUUCGGGUCGGCCGAGGAGAUCCGGAUACGGAAACCGACAUCCAGAUCGGGAUGGAGGAUAGGUGUGAUCCGGAGGAUGACGAAGAGCUGCAGUGAGCCCGUGAAGAAGCACUUCACGGAAGUGGGAGACAGCGACAGAGCCAAGAAGGAGGGAGAGUCGUCGGAGGAUGACAACGAGCAGCGGAUCGUGGAAGCCGGAGUAGUCGAUCGAUCGAAGUCUAUGGUGGGGCUCCGUCAUGCGACUCCCCAAUCGUCCACAAGUGUAGUCGGCCUCCGUCAAACGACGAUCGAGGACAACGCUGUUAUGAUCACGGCGCACGAGCAAACACAGCGCACGGUGGAUGACUGGAUGACGGUAGAAUACAUCCCGUUCAAUAUGAUGUGGAGCGAGUACUGGGACAGAAUGGUGCAUGCCCUCAUGAACACGCCCAAAGGAUUCCGGUACGCUGAAUUCGAGAACACAAGGACGAAGAGGGUUGAAGUGACGAGGGGGAGGGUCGCGAAGAGGGUGGAGGAGUUGAGGCAGGAGUGGCUAACCACUGACUGCAUGUUGCAACUUGAUGGUUGGACAGAUCGCCGACAGAGACCACACAUCAACGUGAUGGUCUCCUUCCCGAAGGGCUCUAUCUUUUCGCGAAGUGUGUGCAUGUCACGGUGCAACAAAGGCGCCUCGGCAUACUAUGGCAUUUUGAAGAGGGCAAUAGAGGAGAUAGGUGCGGAGGCAGUGGUGGGGGUCGUUAUGGACAAUGCUGUCAUUUAUAUCGAGAAGGUGAUGCAAACGUCCAAGCACCUCCUCAAGCUUCUGAAGUUGGUCGACGGCACGGGUCCCACCAUCAUUAACGUGUAUGCCCGUAUGGACAACGCAGUGGAGAAACUGAGGGAGAGCACGCACUUCACGGAAGCGGAAAAGGAUGAGCUAGAGGUUAUCAUCAUGCGGCGCUGGAAUACAAUGACUUCACCACUGCAUUGUGCUACGCUGUUUUUGGAUCUGAAGUAUAGAGCAUCGCGGCCGGAUAUUGAUGCAGAGAUUGUGGACGGGUUUUGGACAAGGCUUUACUCGUGGUGCAAGGAGGCUGCGUAUAUGGAGGUUGACGCGGAGGUUUGUUCUUGGAUCGAGGGCAUCGGGAAACACACUACCGAAAAUGCAAGGACACAAGCCCGUACGAUGCAACCGGCGAGGUGGUGGCAGAAGUGGUGCAGUGACAUGCCCAUCCUCCAAAAGCAAGUCGUUCGCCUCCUUGGACAAGCCUCCCCCUCUGGUUGUGAGAGGAAUUGGAGCUUGUUCGAACGGAUUCACAGUCAUCUCCUCAACAAUCUUGGCGCCAUCAAGCUAAGCAUGCUGGUUUUCAACAGAUGGAACCAGCACUUGUUGGAUUUCUUGACCAAGAAACCGAAGGCCGACGAUUCUACGAAGUGGGAAGCGGAUGAACCGGUGGAAGAUCUCACACGAGAUGACAUGGCGUCAGAUGCACGGCUACGGUUGGGGGAGUGGCGUGCCCGGUUGCGCGGAACACAUUCGGUUCACGACGAAGGUGAGAAUGACGACUCGGGCUCCGACGAGGAGGACAUUCCUGUCCAAGCGCAACAAACGGCUGUUGCGGAGGAGGUCACAGUUCAGCAUCGUGAUGAGGAAGUUGAGGAUGUGGAAGGUGUGCAUUUGGAAGGGGGUCCUACACCCGCACGGGCGACAAGAAAGCGGGGACGGCAGCGGAAGGCGCCCGUGGAAGAGGAGGAGGUUGGAACUAGAAGGGGGACACGGAAGCAGGGGCGUUUGCAGAUGCAGCCCGUCGAAGAGGAGGAAGCAGCGCUUGAAAAGACGAGCAGCGCUGACAAACAUGGCAGCAGCGACGGAAGCAGCAGCAGCGACGAAAGAGGGGCCGAGCAUGAUGAAAAUGACGGGAGCGGCCGCAGCGGAGGUGCGCGUGAUGGCAGCGGCAGCAGCGAUGAAAGUGAAGAUGGCCGUGGCAGCAGCAAUGGCGGCGAGAAAGAUGGGAGGUCGUCGGAGGAAGAGGACGACUCCGAAUGUGAAGGCGGGAAGGAAGAUGGGAGUUCGUCGAAGGCAGAGAACGACUCCGAAUUACAGCACAGUCAGACAUCGCACUGAAGAGAGAGAGAGAGAGAGAGAGAGAGAGAGAGAGAGAGAGAGAGAGAGAGAGAGAGAGAGAGAGAGAGAGA